CAUACACUAUAUUGCCAAAAGUAUUGGGCCAGCCCUCCAAAUCAUUGGAUUCAGGUGUUCCAAUCACCUCCAUGGCCACAGGUGUAUAAAAUCAAGCACCUAGGCAUGCAGACUGCUUCUACAAACAUUUGUGAAAGAAUGAGUUGCUCUCAAGAGUUCAGUGAAUUCAAGCGUGGUACCGUAAUAGGUUGUCACCUGUGCCACCAAGUCCAUCCGUGACAUUUCCUUGCUACUAAAUAUUCCACAGUCAACUGUUAGUGGUAUUAUAACAAAGUGGAAGCAACUGGGAACAGCAGCAACUCAGCCUCCGCCACUGGAUUCUAGAGCAGUGGAGACGUGUUCUCUGGAGGGACGAAUCGCACUCCCCUGUCGGAAAAUCUGAUGGACGUGUCUGGGUUUGGCAGUUGCCAGAAGAACGAUACUUGCCUGACUGCAUUGUGCCAAGUGUAA